AUGUCAUUUGAUGGUCUAACCUUUCUUUUCUUACUUUUUCUGGUAUUUUGUCAUUUUAAAGGGGUGAAGUGGGUGAUUAAAGUGGACAAAUACAGGAAGAUCAAGUUCUGCUGUGUUCAGUCAAAGGCUGCUGAACCAUACUUGAGAGUUUGUGGUGUUGAUCGAGAGGAUGUUCGUCGUCGGUUUGUCUUUAUGGAAGGCCUUGGUGUCUAUCACCAAGCUUCCACUGCUGCAUUGAGAGUAUUGUCAUACUUGCCACUUCCCUACUCUGCUUUAAGUGCAUUUUUUAUAAUUCCAACUCCAUUGAGAGACGCAGUUUAUGAUUAUGUUGCCAAGAGGCGUUAUAACUGGUUCGGAAAGAGUGAAGACUGCCUAGUUUUGCAAGAGAAUGAGCUCUUGGAGCGUUUCAUAGAUAGGGAAGAAAUGAUGGAUCGUAGUCAAUCAAAUUUGUAACUCAGCUACCUCCAAUACAAUUAGACAAGUUUAAUUUUGAUUGUAAAUGUUGCAAGUUGUCAGAGAGUAUUUUCACCUGCUUGCAAUAAAUUACAAAGCUUUAUUAUCAUA